GGAGUUCUGAGCUGAUGCCUUGCAGGCGGCGGAGGAGUUAGCCUUGGAAGGGAGUUGCUCUGUUCUAUUUCCGCACUGCUUCUGAAUCUGUAUUGGUGGGGUGCUGGCUUUAGCUGUCUCCGCGAGUUUCCUGUCAGCAUCUGUCAUAGGCGCUGAUUGCGAGGAAAGACCGGGGAUGCGCAGCGGCCUAGUGACAGAAUGUCUGGUCUGCAUCUCAGGAAAAUAAUUUGUCAAGCUACAAAUAAUGGCAGAUGGUAUUUGGGAAGACACUUUGUACUUCCCACAAGAUGGUUCAAGGUAACCACAUUUUUGCCAUUGAUUCCCAUAAAUUGCUCAAGAAAAGGACCUAUGACCAUUCAUGUAAAAACUUACACCACUACUGAAUUAGAAGAUGAGCCAGAUGAGAAACUAACCAAAAAGAAAAAAGUAGAAGCAAAUGCAAGAAAAACCGUUGGAAAUGUUGGCAGGAAGAUCCCUUAUCGUUUCAUACAUGUGUUUAAUGAGAAUGGCGAAGACCUGGGGAACAUGCAUAGAGCAGAUGUGAUACGUAUCAUGGAUGAACAAGGUCUAAAACUGGUUCCUAUCAGAGAAAAUACAGACCCCCCAGUAUACAAAUUGCUAACUGGCAAACAAAUACACGAAGAGCAGAUAAAACUCAGAGAGAAACAAAAACUCUCUAGCCAUGGUCCGGUACAGAUUAAAGAACUGUCUUUUUCUGCACUUAUUGCAAAGCAUGAUUUAGAUACAAAAAUGAAACAGGUGAUGCACUGGAUUGAAAAGAAGCAUCAUGUCCGAAUCACAGUUCAGAAGGGUAGCUCUGCUGAGGGAAAUGACAAACUGGACGUUUUGAACCAAAUUGCCGAAUCAUUGUCAGAGCAAGCUACUUGCGUAUUUAAGCCAAAACUCAUUAAAGAAGGAAGGGCAGCAGUUUGUGUGUUACGACCAUUGUCUGACAAAGAACUACGUGAGCACAAGAAAAAGCUUCAGACAGACUCUACGCAGACUGAAAGCACCAAAUCAGAGGUUUCUUAACCAACCUGUGGUAAAAGGCACAAGUGACUUCUGUUCUGCUAAACAAAGACUUGCAUCAAAUUGUUAUAAAUCAUAAAAUAAUUAUAUUCACGUUUUACUGUUUGUAAUACAAAUAAAAAUCAGCUACCAAAAA